CGCAUGCGCCUUCCGUAACUAACACGAGUGUCACAUAGUAGUCAGAAACAGUUGAGUUGACCUAACGUUUGCAUAUUUUUGAUUCAGAUUGCAUCGACAUUGCAUCAUACAUAAUACGAGCGAAUAAGUAAAAUCAGCAAGAUGAUGUUGGUUAGAGUUUGUCGGGCAGGCAUUUCGCCUACCAUAGUAAAUUUAAUGAAAACUCCCAUUACUCCUAAACCAAUUUUAAAACAAAUCCAACCUUCGAGAUUGUUCGCCAACGAUGGACGUACUGCAUUUACAAGAAGUGCACGCAAAGAAAAAACUAUUACAGAACGAUUGUCACAACCAGCUACUGAAAAACCAUUCUUGGUUGGAAAAGCUGUAAUUGCUGGUGCUUCUGCAUUUGGAUUAGGUGCUCUUUGUUACUACGGAUUAGGACUUGAUAGUAGGCCCGGAGCCAUAGACAAAGUACAUUUUUGGCCCGAGUACGUAAAAGAAAGAAUUAGAACAACUUACAUGUACUUCGGAGGAUCUAUCGUCCUCACAGCAGCAUCUGCUGCAUUAUGUUUCCGUUCUCCUGCAGUAAUGAGAAUUGUAACCAAACAAGGAUGGAUGGCGGUUGUUGGUACAAUUGCAGCAAUGAUCGGUAGUAGCAUAUUGGUACGAAGUAUUCCUUACAAGGAAGGUUUUGGUGCUAAACAACUAGCGUGGAUGGGUCAUGCCGGUUUAAUGGGUGCUGUUAUUGCACCAAUAUGUUUCUUGGGUGGUCCGUUAUUAACUAGAGCUGCAUUGUACACUGCUGGUGUAAUCGGUGGAUUAUCAACAGUAGCAAUGUGUGCACCUAGCGAUAAGUUUUUAAAGAUGGCUGGUCCUCUUUCUAUCGGUUUGGGAGUUGUAUUGGUUAGUUCAUUAGGAUCUAUUUUCUUACCACCCACUACCGCUUUGGGUACUAGUCUUUAUACUUUAUCCGUGUAUGGUGGAGUAGUACUUUUCUCCAUGUUCCUCUUAUACGAUACACAAAAAAUUGUUAAGCAAGCAGAACAAUAUCCUAUGUAUUACAACCAAAGUGUGAAACAAUACGACCCGAUAAAUAACGCUAUUUCUAUUUACUUGGAUGCUAUGAAUAUCUUUUUAAAUAUGAUACACAUUUUAUCACACAGUUCUAGCAAUAGAAAAUAAAUUUCCUUAAAAACGUGA